AUGCUGGCUCGCGUGAGAGCUCGACAUGAAUUUAGACACAUUCUUGAUCUAACGGCUGUGGAGCUCGUGUCCUGCCGCCUGUACUCAGUACGAGGUGCUUGCGCUUCCCAGAUCCUUUGCUCCAUCCUGGACCAGACACCCAAGACCCUGGGGUGCUCUGUGCACCGGGUUGUUUCGGCCCUAAGUGUUCGCGAGCUGUGGGCUCCAGAGUGA